UUUUCAGAUGGAUCUUAACCGACAUUUUCAAUCUGCGACUUCAUGCUACAAACACCUUUGCUUUCCGGUCGGUGGUUGACGUGACGAUGAAUCGCUUCGUUGUUUUGACAAUUUGUGAGGUAAUUGGCGCGAAUGCAGCGCUUCACUCCCUCACGUAUGUUGCAACUGGAUUAUCUGGAGUUCCAAACGUACCUGAGUUCAUAGAGGUUGGUUUGGUGGAUGAUGUUGUGAUCUAUCGCUACGACAGCGACAGCCAGACAACCGAACCCAAACAGGACUGGAUGACCCGACUCAGUUCUGAUGAUAUGGAAUAUCUAGAGAACAACACACCGAGGUGCAAGCAAAACCAGCAGCGCACGAAGUACCGACUUAUCGAUGUGAAAGAGCGAUUCAACCACUCUGGAGGUGUCCACAUUUAUCAGUGGAUAUAUGGCUGUGAGUUGGAUGAUAAGACUGGAGAUUUCAGAAGUCAUUAUCAUAUCGCCUACGAUGGAGAAGACUUCAUAGCGUUGGACCUGGAGACUCUGACAUGGAUCGCUGCCAAACAACAGGCCGUCAUCUUAAAACACUGGUGGGACAACUUUGAAGCUCUGAACGAAUAUAAUGACCGCUACAUGAACCAGUACUGUCGUAAGUGGCUGAAGAAGUUUCUCCACUAUGGGAAGAGCUCCCUCCUGAGAACAGAGCUUCCAUCAGUGUCUCUCCUCCAGAAGACUCCGUCCUCUCCCAUCGUCUGCCACGCUACGGGCUUUUACCCUCCACAAGCCAAGUUGCUUUGGACCAAAGACGGAGAGGAGCUUCACCAUGGUGUUACAAUUGAAGAGGUCCUCCCCAACCCUGAUGGAACCUACCAGAUGAUGGCUGAGCUGAAACUACCAGACCCGUCUGAAGACUGGGAGAGGUUCACCUGUGUGUUCCAGCUUGAAGGUGUAGAGGAAGCCUUGCUCACCAACCUGGACAAAGAGGCCAUUUUAACCAACUGGAAGCCGGACCAAACCAUCCCCAUCGCUGUCUCAGUGACUGCUCUUGUUCUGCUUGUCGCUGCUGCUGCUGUUAUUGGAGUGGUCUUGAGGAGAAGAGCAGGCCAAAGUACAGAAACUGACUCCAACACUACUGAGGAGGUUCUGAAUCCACUGAAGCCACCGACUGAAGCUACUGCACACGGCAUCAGGUCUUCAGAGCCAGUGGAUCUCCUGCAUGAAGGUCCUGCAUGAGCAUGAAGGAGUGUUGCAAGGAAAGAAGAGUGGAGCAUUGUGUGGCUGCAGCUAUUGACUAUGCUCUAAUCUUGAGCUUCCUGAGUGACACUUGUGUUCUAUACACACACACACACAAACACACACCUCAGUGACCACAUACUCAACA